GGCUCGCGCUGCCUCAGGGUGGGCAGAAAUGGCGGGAAAGGGCGAGCGGCUCCCUGGCGUAGACCCCGCCCGCGCGGGCCGGAUUGCGGGCGCUCCCCAUGUUGCCCCCACCCCCGAGGCUAGUAAUUGGGUUGGUAACGAAGCUGCUCCAGUCAGGUGCCCCCCCCCCCCGGGGGCAGCUCGUCACGGGGCAGGACGGUGCUGGCCAGGCCCGCCUGCAGCGUGGAACGGGAGCCAUGGAAACGUGGUGUCCGCCAGGGCUCCCCCCACCCCCAAAGGCCUGGCCCAGCUGCGAGCGAGGCCUUUCCACACAGGACAGCUGCAGGCCCCUCAGCCCUGCUGUACCAGGGCUAGGUGCGGGCAUGAUGGAAAUACUGAGCUGGGUUGCUGUGAGCUAUAGGGCAGCACAUCCUCCCCAUAUACCACCCUACCCCCACUGCCAUGUUCCCCUCACAGUACCCUCCUGCCCCUGGCUGCCCAGCAUUCCCGGCUACCGGUCUCCACUGCUGCCCCUGAGUCGCAUGCUGGAGGGAGCUUCUUCCAACCCCCCCUAAUCCUAGCCCCCCCCCCUCGUUUCUAUUGCUUUCGUUUCGUCCCAGCUCCACACCUAGGGGCAGCUUUGGGAUCCUCCGUUAGCUUCCAUCUCCCCUCACGCAGACAGCAGCAGCUCGUGUAGUCCUUAGCUUAAUUUCAAAACUAACCCACCAAUUUCUUUCCCAGCCCAUCAGUAGGUUUUGUACGUCACAAAACCCAGCUCUUGUUAUCUAAGACAUGUAUAGCUCCCCUCCCCUCCCCACCACCAUGACUGUGGGAGCUGAGCAUCUCACAUUCUUUAAUGCAUUUAAUCUCACAACACCCCUAUGAUAUAGAAAAGUGCUGAUUUCACAGAUGGGAAACUGAGGCAUGGAAAGACUGGAGCAGCUUGCUCAAGGUUACACGGGAAGUCUGUCAGCGCCGGGAACUGAAAAUAAGCCUCCCUAGUCCUCUGCUUGCAUCUUAACCGCUGGGCUGUUCCCCUUUCCAAUAAUCUCUUCCACAUGGUUCAGCUGUUUCCUUCACUGCACUGAGAGCAGUGCUUGAACUGAGCUAGUACCCUGUACCCAUGCUCACCACCUGUGCCUGCAAUUUUCCUUUGUGUGCCCUGUGGGAAGAAGGUAAGGAAGCAGGCACUUUUGAGGCUCCUGUGGCAUCCCUGAGAUUGGCUGAAUGGCUGUAAAUAUGCCAGUAUGUGAGUGACUGGAGCAUCCUUCCAUCAGGCAGAAAAUAUCUGUGUAUGGCUCCUGGAAAAGAUCUGCAGAGGGCGACUCCCAGCUGAGACAAGCUAUAUAGAAUUCUUACCAGCAAGCUGAUAGAGUUCAGCACAGCACCUAAUAGCUCAACCGGGAAGGUGAUCUCCAAUAAAGACCAGUUCAACACAGCUCCUUCCUGUUCAGCUAGAGAUAUGUGACUCCCAGCUGAAUGCAAGGCCAGUGUGGGGUGACUUCCAGAGGAGACUAUCUCGUUCCAGCUUCUACCAGCACAGGCAAGGGCUUGGUGUCCAGGUCUUCUCCCAAGAAGCCUCGUGGCCGGAACAUAUUCAAGGCGCUUUUCUGUUGCCUCCGCACACAGAAUGUUGGUCAGUCGGGCUGCGGCGGGGAGCAUGCACUGCACAAGGAGGAACCCAGCACCAUCGCUAAGUCCGAUCUGCUGCAGUGUCUUCAGUACCAGUUCUACCAGAUUCCCGGGACGUGCCUGCUCCCCGAGGUGACUCAGUGGGACCAGGGCAGGAUCUGCGUGGUGAUCGACCUGGAUGAGACGCUGGUGCACAGCUCCUUUAAGCCAAUCAACAAUGCUGACUUCAUAGUGCCUGUGGAGAUAGAGGGGACCUUGCACCAGGUCUAUGUGCUCAAGAGACCCUUCGUGGACGAAUUCCUGAGGCGGAUGGGGGAGCUGUUUGAGUGUGUCCUCUUCACUGCCAGCCUGGCCAAGUACGCCGACCCGGUGACGGACCUUCUGGACAAGUGCGGCGUGUUCCGUGCGCGGCUCUACCGGGAGUCCUGCGUCUUCCACCAGGGCUGCUACGUCAAAGACCUGAGCCGCCUGGGCCGGGACCUGCACAAGACGCUCAUCCUGGACAACUCGCCGGCCUCCUACAUCUUCCACCCGGAGAACGCGGUGCCUGUCCAGUCCUGGUUUGAUGACAUGGCGGACACAGAGCUGCUCAACCUCAUCCCCAUCUUCGAAGAGCUGAGCGAAGCUGAGGACGUUUAUACCAGCCUCGGCCAGCUGCGGGCGCCGUAGAGCUUCCAGCGCCCUGGCGGCCCAUUUCUGCAGGGGACUUUCACUCAGUGCCUUCGCUAGCAGCCGGGAGGAGGUGGCCGGGCAAGGAGUCGGCUCCCGGGCCCCAGUGGCAGUGCCAGAGCCCUCGCCUCUCGGACCGGGGCGCAGGACGGGAUGUUGGAUUGCAGAGCAGGGAAAUCUCUGUAGCCCCGGUCACGGGUCUGAGCCCAUCCCCUGGUAGCCCUGGGGUCUCUGCACUGCGGGGCGCAGGGCUCCCCACACUCCGACUCGCAAACGGGGCUCUGCUUCCCACCCCGCUCGCCUCCCUGACACACAGCGCCUGCGGAUUCCACACGGGGGGCCUGGCUGGGUGACUCCUGCCAUGGGGGGUGGGGAGGGUUGUGCAUCCCAAUGCCUCCCCUCUCCCCCUACAUGCAACCGCCUGAACAGCCAGCCAGCCUCCCGGCAGGACGGCACUCCAGCGCUCCAAGGGCAAACGCCAGCUGCCCCCGGCCCCUGGAGGCGUUGCACAUGGCGGGGCAGCUGCUGCGGCACCUUUGCUGUGGCUUUCUCCGAAUCCUAGUCCCACUGCCGGUGCCUGGGGCUGGGCCAGAGCCCUGCCUUUGCCGUCCCCACCUCCCAGUCUCGUCCUCCCAUGUGGAGCCACUGAUCCCAUUCCCUGUAACCCUCUCCUCCAGGAUGCACCUGCUGAGGCCUCUGGAGCUGGAGCCAGGCCUGUCUGGGGUCAGCAUCCCACUCCCCAGUUCCUCCCCGCCCCAGUGAGGCCCAGGCCCAGGGCGACUCAUAUCCUGCGGGAGCCUCUCCAUCCUCCCUUGUCCCUUAGCCUGCUCCUUCCAGGAGCUGGGUCUCCAGCCCCACCAGAUUCCUCCUCCCUGGCCUGGAUCCCAGCCUCGGGCCAGCGUUGCUCUGAAGGAUGUUCCUGGAGCAGGCCCCGGCUGGGCUCCGUGACACCCGACAGCUGCCGUUGCCCAGUGGAGCCGAGAUCCUUGCCUCAUACCAAUUGCCGCUCGGCUCCAAAGGACGGGGAGAUGCUGAGAGCGGCCCAGCCAGAGGCUGCCGAGUUGACGGGUAACGUUAAACCAAAGCCGCGCUCCACCUCCCUAGCUGGAUUAGCCCAAAGCAGGGGCCGGGGGGAGCACCUUUGAGCUGCAGGGAGAGGGUCACAUUGGCCUUGCGCUGCUACAGUCCAAAGCCGCGUCCUCCAUCUCGGGGACCAGGCCCACCGCCCUGCCUUAACUGCUGCCCUCCAUCCGGGGCAUGGGGCCCACGGAAACAAGCUGCAUCCUCCUCCUCCACCAGACUGCCUGGGCAAAGACCCUAACAUCCCCUCCGUGGGGUGCCGAAGGGGUCGGGAGCCACAUAUUCAGUGCGAGAAGCCCCCCACUGAAGUCCCCGUGUGGUGACGUCUUCAGCUUCAACAGCUCCUGCAGGUGGUCUCAGGAAACGCCCACUGGAGCUGAGCCCUUGGGCGAUACGAGACUUUGGCACCAGCCACCCCCCACCCCCAGCUCUGCGUUGUGCUGACCCCAGCUCAGCUUGGACUUCCCCAGACCA